UCAGCAUUCCCAUCCUCCACUUCCCCAGCCUUGGCCAUGGCCAGUGCCUGCACAAACGCCACCACUACCGUGCGUUCUGUGCGGCUGUUCAGGAUCGACGGUUUCAGCUUGGUGUCCAGCACCAUGGGCCACGACGAGUGCUUCAAAUUUAGGUGGGACGUCGAUGGGUACGAGUGGGAACUCCAUUGCUUUCCCUCGUAUUUUUCGGCGGUAUGGCUCAAGCUUAUGUUCCUCAGUGAUGCCGACGCCACAUGCAACGUGAGGGCGAGUCUGGGCUAUCUCCUCGUACAUCCAGGGCUGGAUGGAUUAUCCCAAGAGAGGCGAACGUCUGAUGUAUUCAAGCGUCCAAAUGACUGCACACAACAAGUCUACCUCGUGAAUAAAGUCGAUCUACCAGUGCCUAGCCGUUCGAGUGACGAUCAUUUGACUGUGCAGUGCACCAUCACAAUUCUGAAGGAUCUGCCGGAAGUGCCAACCUCAGUGCCCGUGCCCACCUCGAACUUGCACUUGCACUUCGGUGAGCUCCUGCGGAGUGGUACGGGAGCCGAUGUCACGUUCCUCGUCUCCGGUGAGUCCUUCCUUGCUCACAAGCUCAUUCUCGCUGCCAGGUCCCCUGUCCUGAUGGCAGAGUUCUUCGGACACAUGAGGGAGGCAAGUUCUCCAAAUGUUGUGAUCGAGGACAUGGAGCCGGCAGCAUUCAAGGCCAUGCUGCACUUCCUCUACACCGACACCGUGCCUGAACUUGACCAUGAGCUGCAGGCUGUGGCGCCGAUGGCUCAGCAUCUUCUUGCGGCUGCUGACAGGUACGGGCUGGAUAGGCUCAAAGUCCUCUGCGAGGGCAAGCUCUCUGGUGGCAUCACCAUCGACACAGCGGCGACGACUCUGGCAUUGGCUGAACAGCACAACUGCUCGCACCUCAAGACCAAGUGCAUCGAGUUCAUCAUCAGCACUCCUGCAGUCUUUGACGCCGUGGUUGCGACGGAGGGGUAUAGGCAUCUGGAGGCAAGCUGCCCUUCAGCACUUACUAGCAUUCUCCUGUCUAUGCGUGGGAGAAGGUACUGAAG